CCUUCAACGUUCCUUAAAAACGCGUCAAGCUCGUCAGUAUGAUCCAAUGUAAGGCUGAGUGUACAGAACAAGGGAUCCGGGAUAUUCAUUCCGCUUCGUGCCGAUAGACACGUUACUCUGGUGGCUGAUCGAAUUUCAGAGCGUAAUUGAGUCACCCAUCAUGUCGGGCUAUCAAGAUGACGAUGAUGGAUUUCAGGGGAUGCAAGACCUUCGAGAUACCCUCUCAGAUGUGGUUGCAGCGUCUAAAUUAACGGCAAAGCAACGUGGAAGCAGUGUGAAACCAACUGUAGAAAAGUUGACCUCACUGUCGUAUGAGCAAGGCCUCCUUCCAGAGGACUUGAGCCAGCUCAUAGAUCUGGUCACAACUCCGACUUUUCUUGACCAAGCAAGUCUUGGAAACAUUUUGAGAAAUCUUUUCCCAGCUGCUGCUGUGAGCGCAGAUUUUGUCGUCAGGAUAAUCGGUUCUCUUGGGCAUGGCAAGCUGAAACCAUCUCUUGCCAUUCAGGGGGCACUCUUAAAAUGGCUCGUUAUGAUAUACCAUAUCAUUGAUAAUCAGAUUAUCCUCUCGCGUGCCUACCCCGUUCUGUUCAAUCUACUCGAUACCGCCGCAAUUAGGAAACAAUUAUGCCAUUUACUGGCUCUUAUUACCCGACGUCGACAUGUGAGGCCUUAUCGAAUUCAGAGUCUUCUAUCCUUAUCCAGGCAAACGGGAAAUGAUCCUGCCGUAACUGGACUACUUCGAGUGUUUAAAGACUACUAUCCCGAGAUUAUCGUAGGAGAAGUAACUCGUGCGAAAGCGUCUACUUUCAAGCACCCAGACCCUCAAUGGCGCGAGAGACUAGAUGAGAUCCAAGCGGCCCACGCAGCGCGAACAACAGACCGUUCAGAACGACCUCUAGAAGCAUUCAGGGUAGCUCGAAAUAGGACACGUGGCAAGGGUUCUACUCAACUCCCCGAAGUGCACACCUCAAACGCUACAGAGAACUCUAUCACACUCGAGGAAAUAGAAAAUGUAGAUGGCUUAGUGAACAAUUUGGAAAAGAUUGAGUUACCAAACCAGCUAAUCGCAGUCCUUGGAGAUCCAUUACUCCAAAAGUUAUUAACCCUGAAACCACAUAGUGAAGCUCACCAACGAGCCAGUAGCUGGCUAGCUUCAUAUGGGCAGGAUUUAAUGAGUGGAGAGGGUGGCGUAGACCCUAGUGAUUGCUUAGAAAUGCUGAAAGCCUAUGCCUCUAGUACUAGGACCUUCCCUCCUAUAUUUUUGGCCUUCUUCAGCGAGUAUCUCAAGAUAUGGAACGGCCAGGAUGGACAGGACCUAGUAUUAGCAAUACUGUCAUAUUUGCCAUUACUCAACUUUUCAGAACUAUUUGCCAGCAUCUUGCAGCCCCUCGAAGUCAAGAUCCUUGACAACACUACAGAUUCCCAAUUGCAGCUACUUGAUUUCUAUACGAAUUUACUUCGGCGAUGGACUAUUCACUUGGCAUCACUUCAAGAGAAAUCAAAUCAAGCAUCGGAUAUUGUUGCUGGUCUGAUAACCCACGUCAACGAUCUCUGUCUCACCUUAGUUCAGACGUCUCCUACCGCCUCCACGCACUCGAAGGUCUUGGAUUUCUACGAACAGACAUCAGUUCUUGCUUCAGACCCGAAGCUUUUACUUCAUACUCGAAUAAUGAUACCGCCUUCCCCAUUGGUAUAUAUCCUUCAUUUCAGCUUCGCCCCGAGUUCUUUAGCUCGACUCUGUUCAUUAUUGUCAAAGUAUAAGGCGGGGUUUCAAAAGGCCAUGGCUACGUCUCGUUCUGCAUAUACUUCGGAAUAUAUCAACGAGUUUAACGGAUUUCUCAUGGACAUCUGCAAUUGUAUUUGGCGGUCGCGCGCCUUCAACAACAAUGAUGUCAAUGCCCACGGCUGCUUGGUAUCUAGAAUACUUACGAACGAUCUCAUGUCUUACGUCAACAACCUCAACAUGGGCAAUUCGCUCUCAUCGCUCUUUUCUCUGUCGUAUUCACCAGUCUUAUGCCUCUCGGCAAUCUCUCAUUUCCGCGAGCUAGAAGACGAGGAACUACGGCAGAAUGAGGGCGAACUCAGCAUCAGGCAUGCCGGACCCGUGACUCGUGCCAGCCUCAAUGCUCUAGCCAAUAAGGGUGGGCUAAGAGUAGGUUGGGAUGAUUAUCGUCUCGGCGUGCUAAGUUACCUAGAACGACAGGGCAUGGCCGGCGUUGGGGAGUUGAUGUACAACACAAUGACGAACGUAAUGAGAAGGAGGUCUCUGAUGACAGAAGCUGCAAAAUAGCCGUUUAACGAUUCCCGCAAGAUUUGGUUAUUGCAAGUGUAUCUCAGGUUCGAUACCCACAAUACAAAUUCAAUGAGUAAUAAUACGUAGAUAAUCAUGCGAAUAUAAUGCUUUGUCUGACUCUGUCCAGUCCCUAGAAAUGCUAUCCUGUUGAAAGGGUAUCUUUUAAAUAACGAAUAGCCGCCCAAAAUCAAUUUCGAGCGU